CUAGUGAGCACAGACGGGCUUGCACUGGAUGAAGCCGAACUCCAACCCACCAAACCCAAAAUUCUCAACAAGAAAGAGUACUAGCUCUUGCCUCUUAGUCUGAGUCAAUGAGUCAUGACCUACAAACUUUACCAUGUACAUAUGUAUAUAUGAGAAGCUUAUAUAUAUAUAUGGACUAUAUUCCUUCAUAUAGAUGAGAGCUUAGGGGGAGGAGGAGGAGGAGAAGAAGAAGCAACGUGUCUAUGUUUGAAAGCAUCAAGUUUGAUCUAUCUCUAGAGAUGGUUGAUAACAUUGGAAGCCGUAGCCCAGAUUGGGAAGGCAAUAAUAAGUACAAGAGUACUGCAGGUGGUGGAGCCUCUGCGAUCCGUGGCGCCUCAGCCUCAGCAGCAGGCGACGAUGGGAGCAUUAAAGAGCAAGAUCGGCUGUUGCCAAUUGCCAACGUGGGGCGGAUCAUGAAGCAAAUCCUGCCACUCAACGCCAAGAUCUCCAAAGAGGCAAAAGAAACCAUGCAGGAAUGUGUGUCUGAGUUCAUUAGCUUUGUCACUGGGGAGGCAUCUGACAAGUGUCACAAGGAAAAGCGGAAGACUGUGAAUGGAGAUGACAUUUGUUGGGCUCUCGGCACACUAGGCUUUGAUGAUUAUGCCGAGCCCUUGAAAAGGUAUUUGCAUAGAUAUAGGGAGUUAGAAGGAGAGAGAGCAGCUAAUAAUCAAAACAAGGGUGGCAGCAUGGAAAAUAAACAAGUAGUAGCAUCCAUCUUUGCGAGUGAUCAUCAGACCAGCAAUCAGAAACCUUUCUCUUCUACUCCUUUGAGGUUCAAUGUGAUUGAUAAGAGUAAUAUUAGAUCUGCCUCACAUCCAUUUUAACAUCUUGGGAAGAAGAAAUGAAGAAGCUAAGAAGUACUGUGACAUCUAUCUACUAGCUGCUAAUUUGUAUUUCUGUACAAGGUUAGGUAUCCUGGGUUUGAUCAUUAAUUGGUUUACUAGUUGUUAGAGUGAUAAUUGUGGAUGGUUUUAUGCUAACCAUCUUGUUGUGUUGUGUCUCUGGGUUUUGUCUUUGUGAAUUGUAGUAUGAAAAUUAAUUAAGGUUUUGAUUAAUUUAGUUGAUCUUGCUAAAGGGGUUGUACAACAUUAUUUCAGAAGCUGAUGAUCUCUUUACCUUGAUUUGAAUGUUGAUCGAAAUUUUGGUGAUGAAGCGGAUUAUAAAUUCCCAUCUUCAACUACUGGAAGUAGAAUGGAGAAUUGUUAGUUAAUUAGGUCAGUCUCCACAACCUACACGUUUGUGUUGAGGAUAUAAGACUCUAUGAUUAGUUUUAUUGCUAGACAUAGGGUUUUGCUUUAGCUUUCUUUUAGGAUCACAGCCAAUUAAUUGAUUGUAGUGUA